ACCCGCCUUUGUACCUGCAGGUUGUCCGUCCUUUCUCGAGCUGCGUGUGGUAACACAAACGCGGAGUCCAUGUCUUUUCUUGUAAGUAAACCCGAACGGAUUAGGCGGUGGGUGUCUGAAAAGUUCAUUGUUGAGGGCUUAAGAGAGUUCGAACUGUUUGGAGAGCAGCCUCCGGGUGACUCUCGGAGAAAAACAAAUGAGGCGAGCUCCGAGUCGAUAGCUUCUUCCCCUAAAAGGGACACCAUGAGCAACUUCCUACCAGACAGCAGCUGUUAUGAGUUGCUCACUAUCAUAGGCAGGGGCUUUGAAGACUUGAUGGUUGUGAACCUGGCCAGGUAUAAACCCACGGGAGAGUAUGUCACAGUCAGAAGAGUGAACUUGGAGGCCUGCACAAAUGAAAUGGUCACAUUCUUGCAGGGAGAACUCCAUGUUUCCAAGCUCUUCAACCACCCUAACAUCGUGCCAUACAAAGCAACUUUCAUAGCUGACAAUGAGCUAUGGGUAGUGACAUCUUUCAUGGCCUAUGGUUCUGCAAAAGAUUUAAUUUGUACCCAUUUUAUGGAUGGGAUGAGUGAACUGGCUAUUGCAUAUAUCCUCCAAGGCGUAUUGAAAGCACUCGACUACAUCCACCAUAUGGGCUAUGUACAUAGGAGUGUUAAAGCCAGCCAUAUCCUGAUCUCUGUAGACGGGAAGGUCUACCUCUCUGGCCUGCGAAGUAAUCUAAGUAUGAUCAACCACGGGCAGCGUCUCAAAGUUGUUCAUGACUUUCCCAAAUACAGCAUCAAAGUCCUGCCUUGGCUCAGUCCUGAAGUCUUGCAGCAGAAUCUCCAGGGUUACGAUGCAAAAUCUGACAUUUACAGUGUAGGGAUAACAGCCUGCGAGCUUGCAAAUGGACAUGUACCAUUUAAAGACAUGCCUUCUACUCAGAUGCUUUUGGAAAAGCUGAAUGGAACCGUUCCCUGCCUGCUGGACACCACCACAAUUCCUGCUGACGAGCUGACUAUGAAGACCUCCCGUUCAAGUGCUAACUAUGGGAUGGUGGAGAGCAUGGCUAUCGGCAACGUGAGAGCGGCCAACGGGGAGCCAGCCCUGCACCCUUACCUUCGGACCUUCUCCACCUACUUCCAUAACUUUGUAGAGCAGUGUCUCCAGCGGAACCCUGAUUUCAGGCCAAGCGCAGGCACUCUGCUUAAUCAUCCCUUUUUCAAGCAGAUCAAGCGCCGCGCUUCUGAAGCACUCCCUGAACUUCUGCGCCCUGUCACCCCGAUCACCAAUUUUGAAGGAACGCGGCCCCAGGAUCCCAGUGGCAUUUUUGGGCUGGUGUCAAACCUGGAGCAGCUGGAUGUGGAUGACUGGGAAUUCUAGAAAAAUGGACUAUAGCUGGUUCUGGAGGAGCUUUCUGGACAUUGUAACUGAUUGGUCCUGUUCAUAAAAGGUGAUGAAUGUUACACAUACAAGAGUUUACAGGUCCUUGGGAAGGAACUUCAGCUGCCUGUUUACUUCAGAAGUACCCUGGAAACAAACGGGACAGACUUGAGCUGGAAAAAGGAUCAACCCCAAGGAGCUGUGGAGUGCCCAGAGCCCCAGGCCUUGCAGCUGCGCACUGGUAGAUCACUCAAAUGGGUCGAGUGAGUCUGUUUAUUUAUGUUUUUCUAAAAAUCACUGGCUUCCUCGUAUCACAGUUGAAGGCUGCAUGUCCCUACCCUCUUUGGUUCUGUCUCUAUGGGUGCCUUAGAGUGAAGGGGAGGCAGGUAGCAAUCAGUUUUGGGCAUUCUCGUAGAGCUAGUCAGAUUGUUAGUGUUGUCACAGGGUAAGAUUUGAGUGGGGGGUGGGGGUGGAAAGGGAUUAUGUUGUUAAAUUUAGUCACUGCUUUGUGAUGGGAGAUGAAGACAAGCCGCUGCCGUUAGACGUUCCUAUGCAGCACUGGCUGAUUCCCUUCCAGUUCUGGAGAGAGCUUAGAGGAGACUUGUCUCCCUCGAUGCUGAGCACUCAGCUCCAGGUCACACAGGGCCUUCCCACCUCUCCUUGGUGGUGGUCUGAGUCCCCAAAGCCACUGUGCACCCCUGCACUGUACCAGCUUUUAUCCCCCACAGCACGUGCAGGUGAGCCUCCUGUUAGCUGGGCUGGUUUCACCGCAUGCAGCACUCGCACCAGCUUGUUCUCAGUGACUUACCCUGGCACAGAGGAAAAAUUGACUUCUGUGCUAAAUCCUCUUGCUCACGACUCCUCUUUGAACAUCACGAACAGAAUUAUUUUAAGCCUUCCUUUACUGUUGCUGUUCUGCCUUCCCUGACGACAGCAGGUAAAAGCUUCUCACACGGCUCCCCUCGACUCCCAGCUGUGUGACGCUGCUCUGGCAGCUCUCCCCCUUCCGUGGUCUCUCUGUUUUGGAGGUGUCUUUAAGGCUUUUAGUUUGACCCUUCCAAGGACCACGGUUGCUGGACGUCUUUCUACUCUUUUAACGAAGCACUGAGACUCCAGUCCUGUAGGUGUGGUUGAUGGGAGUAGUGGUGCUGGCAACAGGUCCUCCUUGUGUUUAUAAACUGUACUUGAACCCCGAUAAAGUUUGUUACUCUAGUUUUUUGCCAAAACAAAUAAAAUAUUUCUGAAGUU